AAUGGUCAGGGGUUGCAGGGAGCUGGGAGUCCAGACGUGGGGAGAGUGCCAGGUUUGUUGUCCCUGGUUUUAACCGUGAACCCACAUCUGCCUUGCCAUUGUCGUCUCGCUUCAUGCGUGGCUUGUGUAGUAGUUGAUAUUAUGCCACAAUCUUUUUUCACAUUUAUCUGAUUUCACUAAAGCCUGGUGAAAUCAGGUAGCUUGCUUCUGGGUUAAGGUGCUUUGGGUCAAUGAGGUGAUAUUCAGGUUUUACUCAGGGUAGACCCACUGAAAUUAAUGGGCCUGGCUUAAGGCACGCUACCCUUAUCUGUCCUUGUGAAAAGAGUGCUGAGUGAUCAAAGUUCACUAAGUUCUACGGCAUGCACAGAUUCGACUCACCAGUGGGUGCACGACGUAAAAUGAUCAGGUGGUAUUUGGUUAAGGUUAAUUUGGAGUGGGCUUAUGGAAGUUAAUGAACAUGACCAAGUUAGGUUCAUUAAUCUCAGUGGUCUACACUGAGUAAAGCUUAGUUACAUGCUAGCCAGUUGUUUUAAGACGUGUAGAAUGGACAUUGGAGGGCCGUAUCUAUACAUUCAGUAGAAGAGUGUUGAGGUGAUAAAUAAGGUUUUCUUUUAAAGGCUUCUGUACUGUAAAGGAAAAGGGGAGAGAGAGACAGAUUUUCCUGCAGGUAGAAAAUAAGAACAGCAUGGAAAGGACUCUAUUAGCAAUGCUCUAUUGUAAGUUGCCAUUUUUUCUUGCACAGGUUUCUCUUAUGAGAAGGGGAUUAUCCAAAAGCUGUAUCAAGUGGGAGGGAUUCAAGAACUAUAUAUUGAAAUGAAAUUAUAGCCCCUGCUAUCUUGGGUUUUAAUGCAUUUUCCCACUUAUGUGCAGACCUAGCCGUAUACAAGAGGUGGAUCGGUGGGGAGUUAGGAAUACAUGUACAGCCCAUGUAACAGCCAAGAUCUGUUGGUGCAAUUGUGUGGGUUGAGAAUCCAUCCUUUCCAAUUAAAUAUUAAACUUUUUAUUUUUUGUAAAGUUGAUUUGCAAUAUCCAGUCACAUUGUGGAAGCAUCACCUUCUGCAUUUCUGCUUAUCUGCUGAUGACUUUUGUCCAAACUUUGAUGAACUGGAUUGGUACAUAUAAGCCAUUUGACAGCUAUGGUGUUCAUUGCCUUCUCCUUAUUAGAAAACAACAGGAUAACUGGCUUUAUAUGCAAGAUAGUUUACUGGGAAUUGCUGCUAAAUGCCACCUCAGGUUCUGCUUUCACUUGUUUCAGCAAGGACAUUAACACAGCAAUGCAUACCCCUUUUGUUCUGGGCUGGUUGACUUGAACUGAGUUCCCUGUUCCUCCAGCUGGAACACUGGAUCCCAAACUGGUUCCACUGCUGUUACAUGACUGCAUUAGGCCUGAUCCAGGAUUGAUAUGUGCCCCAGUUCCAUACUGGUGCAACAGUUUACCUCCCCACCCCUUUUACACCCUUCUGGAAUGAGUGGCAGGGCUGCAGUUGUGGCACACUGCUCCAUUGAGCCCUGAUGCUACCUGGCUGAGUUCUGGAUUGUACCAAUAAACAUCAACAUGUGGCUGUCCCUUGAGGGGACAUGCCCCAAGGCUUCGGGAGUGCCAGCAGUUUUGUUAAAUCCCUAAUAUGAUUGUUUGAAGCUAGUGGGAAGACAUUAAUGCUAAAACUGGUUUUUGUAUUUUCUGUAGAAUAACUUAUUUUAUUCUGCUUUUAUUUUUAAUAAAAAAGAAUACAGAAAAAUGAAUGAAAAUUUGCUUAGGACAUCUUGGUCUGGAAUAUUUAAAAAUUCAACACAUUUUCUUUUAGCUGCUAAUUGCUUUUUAUUCUUUUCAUCUUCCUCGUUGCUAAACAAUAACUUUACAGCUGUCAGGAAAUUGUUCUGGUACGGAUGCGCACAGGAUGGCACAAAAUCGUUUUAUAAGGAAUGAAGAACUCAAAAUUCAAAAUGAAUCACUGAGAAGUCCCAGCACAGGUCCCAACUUCAAAAGCUCAUUACCUGAAGAAGAUAAAACUUCAAAAUUUCUCAACAAUUUCUCGAUUUGUGAGCAGGCUAACAUGUUUUUUGAAACUCGUAGCAGUAAUUCAAGUGAAAGCAGUUAUGAUGGCUGCCAUGGUAGCUUUAACAGACAGAGAACCACAUCAGAAAUGAAUGGAGGGGAACUGAGAGUUUUUGUAUCGUAUGAGCAGUCUCGGUCAUUUUCCACCCACAACCCACCCAUCCAGGCUUCAGUGUUGAAGCUCAGCUGUGCAGAAGGGAAAUCAGAAGCCAUGAAUGGCGCCAGUACCUUCCUACCAUCCUCAGCAAAUGAAAUAAGUCCUGUGCAUGCUUCAGCCUUACAACAUGCAAAGCAGAGAAGACUACAGAGCUCUCCUGACAAUACUUUAUCCACAGGCUUUGAUCAAUUACACCGGUCCACAUGCCAUUUUUGUAGAAUGUCUGGAUCCUUGAGAUGCACACGGUGUAAGCAGGUCUAUUACUGUUCAGUGGAGUGUCAAAGGAAAGACUGGCAAAUGCAUAGUGUCGUCUGUAAGCUAGUUAAACAUAAUGCCGAUAAAGUUGAAGAUAGUGCAAAAUCUUUGGAUGAAAUCAAGAAAAAGGAAAAUUUAUCUAUGAAUACCAGCAAAACAGAAGAGCAGGGCAAGAAAACUAUGUAUUCUGAUCUGACUACACUGGAGCUGAAGAAAAAUAUGAAAAUAAUGGGAACAGUAACACAGUUCAAUAAUCCAAGUGAAUUCUACAUUCAAGUCAAAUCUCCAGAAGUUCUAAGUAAUAUUAAUAAGCUUAGUGUGAAAUUGAAAGAUUACAAUGGAAUUAACCAAGGUGAAUAUAUUCCUGCCAAAGGUGAAGUCAGUGUUGGACAAUAUACCCUGGAUCAGGCCAUUAAAUGUUGUGUUGCUAAUGUCCUCCCAAAUGAAGAAAAAUGGAAUGCAAACUGCAGCAAAGCUAUUGCUCCAUUUCUUAUAGGAAAGUGCUGCUCAUUCACUGUUGUUGAUGUUUUGGUGGAUGAGAUGCCCUAUUUUGCUGUAGAUGUUGUAUUGGCAGAUUCUGGUAAACACUUACAUGAAAUACUCUUGGAAAUUGGAUGCUGUUUAAAUUCAAAGAGUAGGAGUAGCAACAAGGAAAACUCAGUUACUGGUUCUACUGUGGAAAAGAUUUCUAUUCAGGAAAAGAAGCUUGAGCCUAAAGGACUGGAUCAUAGUGGCUGUCAAACUCGCAAGGUUAUCUUGCCAUCUAUAGGAGAUAAAUUUUUGGGCAUGGUUGCCCACAUACAGACACCAGGAGAUUUCUUUUGUCAGCAGAUGGGAAAUGGCUGCAAACUUACUGAGCUUCAAGUAUCCCUGGGUGAACACUGCAACACAAUCUCUGCUACCCCAGAUUUCUGCCCAGCAGUAGGAGACUUGUGUUGUGCGCAGUUUACAGAAGACAAACAGUGGUACCGUGCAUCGGUUUUGUCCUACAUCUCAGAGAAAACUGCUCUAGUGGGCUAUGUAGAUUAUGGUAACAUAGAAGUCCUUCCAUUAAAUAAACUUCGGCCAAUCAUUCCAAAAUUAAUGGAGUUACCAGUACAGGCUAUAAAGUGCACCUUAGCAGGUGUAAAGCCAGCGUCUGGAACCUGGUCCACAGAAUCAACUUCUGUUAUGAAGAAGCUGGUGCAAAAUAAAGUUCUCACUAUAAGAGUAAUAAAUGAGAAGGACAAAACUUUUGUGGUCAAACUUACAGAUGAAUCCAGGACUCCAACAAUAAAUGUGUCUAAAUACCUUUUAGAGUUGGGAUGUGUAGUGGAAGAAGCCACCACUGUCCCAGCAGUGCUUGAAACAAGCACUGGAACAUUGCAAAAAAUGAGUGGUCAACAGCUGGACAAAAUUGAUUGGUCAAGGGUCACAUUAACAGCCAAGCAGGUGGUAAAUGUGUUUGUUUGCGUGGUAUACAACCCCAGCCAAUUCUAUUGCCAAUUGUUAGACAAUAACGGCUUGAAUGCUUUGGAAGAACUCAAUAUAUCUUUAGCAGCAUACUGCCAGAAAACAGCCCCAAACAUUUCCAAAGUUACAAAGGGAGAUGUGUGCUGUGCUUAUUUCUCUGGUGAUGGUAGAUGGUAUCGGGCUUUGGUGAAAGAAGCCAGUUCAUUUGAAGCUUUUAAAGUUCUGUUUGUAGAUUAUGGAAACUGCGAAGAGGUAACUCUGGACAAAAUCAGACAGAUUACAUCUACAUUUAUGAAACUCCCAUUUCAAGCAAUUGAAUGUUCAUUGUCAGGUGUAAGACCCAUAAAUAAGGAAUGGACAGCAGAAGCUGCAACAACAAUUGAGACGUUCACAGCUGGGAAGAAAAUUCAGGCCAGAGUAGUUUCUUUAACGAGAAAUGGUGCUGAAGUAGAGCUUAUUGACAAUUCUGAGAGUGGUCCCAUAGUGAUCAGUGAAUAUUUAAUUAAGAAUAAUUUAGCUUUGAAAAAGGAAAUCGUGUCGGAUCUGAAUGUGCAGCCAGGUGAAUUGACAGACAGUGAUUCCCAAGGAUGCAUACAGUGGACAACAACAGAAUUUCCGGUUGGUGAAACUGUGCCUGUUCAUGUAUUAGAUGUGACAAACCCUGGUUUAUUCUAUGCUGUACCCACAAAAAUGAAAGUGGAUCUGCAGAGACUCCAUAAGCUAAUGACUGGACUUGCAGAUUACUGUAAUUCUCAGAAUGAUUCCAGUUUCAAGCCAAAAGUUGGUGAACCCUGUUGUGCCAGAUUCACAGGUGAUGACACUUGGUACCGUGCUGUCGUUCUGGAAGUUUGUGUAUCAGAAGUCAAAGUGGCAUAUGCAGACUAUGGAAAUGUGGAAAUAUUGCCAUUAUCUAGGCUUCUACCUAUAACUGCCCCCUACUUGGAACUACCUUUUCAGAUACUCAAGUGCUCCAUUGCAGGAAUUAUGGAACUGGAUGGAAAGUGCUCCAUCUUAGCAGCAGAGAAGCUGAAAAGUUUUUUACUGAAUGAGUGUGUGACAAUUACAGUGAAAGGAGUUAAUAAGAAUAUUCAUAUAGUAACUGUCAAAAAAAAAUCUGGAACUCAUACUAUGAAUGUAGCUGAUGAACUAGUAAUCGAAAACUCGGCAAAAGAUAGCAAGAUUGAGAAUCGAUGUGUAAAGAACACUAAGUGUUGUUGUAUGGAGCUGAGAAAGCAAGUCACAAAGCUUGAACAGAUUAUUUAUUUUCUCCUAAAAGAUCGCUUUGGUGAAGAAAAAGUUCCUGAGAUGAUAAAGCUCUUUGAAGAAGCUGUGCUGGAAUGAACAGCAUAGUAUAGUUGUUGAGUACUGUUGAAAUCCAUACUGUUCACUCUAACCUAAGCCUGUAAUCUUAAACUAUUUAGUUGAAAAUACAUUCUGUUGACAUGUCAGAAUGUAACUACUUAAGUACAUAAAUCAAGGUUUAUUUCCUGUCUUGCAUUUUGGAUCGCAUGCUUGCCUUCAGAAGAUGGUCUGGGCAGUGUUUGUUUUCUCUCUCUCAUCCCUUAUCAGUGUAACCAAUUGCAUCUUUAUCAUUACUCAAGUUGCAAAGAUCAGCUUCCUCUGUGUUGAUCUGAUCAGAAGUUUAAAGGCAUGAUGCCUUCUGGAUAGAAGGAUUUUUACUUCAAUCUCUUAAGAAAUUAUUCAGUCCAGACACGACAAUUUAUUUAAAUCUUUGUCCCCAUUAAGUAGCCCAUAAAGGCCUCAAUUAUUUGGCUUAAAAAUCUGUAUUUAAGUUUCUUAUGUGUCUAAUUUUAAAAUGGCUUUUCAGAGGUAUUUAGGACUUCACAUAAAGAAAUAGAUUUGUUUAGUUAUUGUAGCUAGUAGAAUUGUGGGUUUGUUUGUUCUUUUCAUUUUUUGAACCCUUUUUCCUUUUUGGGGGAAAUGUAAGUUGAUUCUCUUUGUUUUUAUUAUUUAAAAACUACUCCUAAACUCACCCAGACUGCAAUCCUCACCCCUCUCCUGAUGAUGAUGUGCUGGGAAGGAUUAGGAUGGUGUGUGUUUAGGUGCAGAGACUGCUGCUGAAUCUGGGCAGGUGUCAGCUUCCUGCCUCUGGUUCUCCCACUGUUGAUAGUUAGCACAAAACCCUGUUUCAGGUUGGAGGUAGGUGAUGGAGGCUUUGGAUAUGGGCUACAAAGCAGGAGUGGUCCCCUAAAGGACCCAGUUCCCAGGCACGUCUGUUGAGUCAACUCAGUGGAUGCAGCAAAAAGCAGGAGAAACUCUGCUCUUCCCCCGCCCCCUGGCUGUAAGGUCUUCAUAUGCAGCUGCAGGUUAGAAUUGCUCAGUUAGUCCUAUUGGUUACAGUGAGGUUUACUUCUGAAUAAACAUCCGUAAGCUUG